AUGCAGCUGCCUCCAGACUUUAUUCCUAGCUCAAAGCAGCCGAUGCAACAAGUUCUCUGGAUCGGUUGCUCUGACAGCUGCUUCCAAGAAACUACUAUCCUUGAUCUCCUGCCUGACGAAAUGCUUGUACACCGCAACCUGGGAAACAUGCUUAUCGAAGGCGACAUGUCCUCUGAACUCACAGUGAAACAUGCCAUUACAUGCUUGAAAGUAAACAUAUCAAAGCCUUUGUUUAAGAUGAUUAUUUUGACCAAUCAACAGGUGAAGCACAUCGUUGUUUGCGGCCACUAUGGUUGUGGUAUUGUCAAAGCAGAAUCUCGGGAUGGGCUAAAUGGUCCAUGGUUGAGCAAGUUGGAUGCUCUCCAUUCACAGUUCAAAGGGACCAUUGAUACACUUCCUUCUGAUGAACGCAACCAAGCAUUCGUUGAAUUGAACGUACUUGAUCAAUUACGCUCCUUACGUCAAUUUCCAGAGGUGUCCAAGGCAGCAAGUGAAGGCAAUUUGCAAUUACAUGGCAUUGUUUACAAUUUGAAAUCAGGCAAAGCGCAAAGAUUGAUUGAGAACUAG